AUGAAAGGACCAACGAGAAAGAUUCCAGAAGAUAUUAAAGCGAGAAAUAGCAAAGAACUAAAAGCUUUAUCUGAAUCACUUGCAAACAUUGUAGAUAGAACAACAGCAAUCGAAUCACAGAUUCAAGCACUCGAAAUGGCAAAACAAUAUCGUACCCAAAAGAUUAAGUCAAAAGAUGCUUCGAAAAAGGAAUCUCCUCAACAUCAAUCUUUUGAUGAUGUAACAAUUAGUAGUAUAGAUAUCGACAUUUCAAAAACAUCACCAGUUCAGAGCUAUAGUAAGUCAGUGAUUGGAUCCCAAAUUGCCAGUAAGCCUGUUACAAAUAAAAAUACCGCAAAUCAACCAUCAUUAAGAAUGUUCCUCAAUAUGAUUAAUCAAAUGAGGCGUGAUGUUUCUGAUUUAGCAACAAGACAAAAUGAAAUGAAAUUUGAACUCGAAAAAAUACGCGUACGCUUAUGUUAA